CAGCCUGUCCCUGGACAGCCAUUGUCCUUGCUAUACAAUAAACAGAAGGCGGCUGUUGUUAGACUUAGGAAUUCCUAAGAACGGACACCACGAAACGCUGGAAAUUUCGUCUGGACGGCUCUCACAAAGCCGAUGGCCGACGCGCGCUGGGUCGACUUUGGCUCCGUCACUGCUGGCAAGGAGCUCGUACUGCCAGCCAUCCCUGAGACGUUCAAGGCUGACAACGUGAGGGGCUACUGGCAUUGCUGAGGCAGCGGCGCAUCAUGCCGGAGGGCAGCACAGCCCUCAUCAAAUCGCUCUCUGGCGGGCUGCUGCGGUGGCAGAACCUUGAGGAUGGUCCUGAGCUGCCUGCUGAAGGGCGUCUGGAGGUAGUGUUUAGGCUGGGCACUACAACAGGCGCGGCUGCCAGCGCCCCUCAAACUGCAGUUGCAGUGCCACUGCCGGUGUGCGUGCCGGUGGAGCCGCCCGAUCAGAAGGUGGAGGACGCAUUUGGGCGCGUGAGCCGCCUAUUGGACCGGGAUGGCAACACCAUCGGGACGUGCCUGCGCGUCAAUGGCGACGUCAUCCUGGUGGCACGGCACUGCGUACUGUCAGGAGGCCGCUGCCUGAGCAAUUUGGAGGCCUUUCAGGGGCAGCUGGAGUUCGUGGCGGCACGGCCCGAUUUGGACGUGGUGGCAUUCCGUGGCCCGGCUGGCUCAAGCUUCACACUCUUGGGGACGGAGCUGCAGCGGGGCAUGCUGGUUAGCCUGCUUUCCUUCCCGCUCGAGCUUCCGGGGACUUCUGCCCCGGCCCUGGACAGUGGAGCCGUCGCCCAGGUCAGCCGCACUGGGCGGCACGCCCUGGCGACGUUUGGCACAGGCAUGCCCAACAGCUCGGGCGGGGCGGUCGUGAGCAGCACCCGCACACUGGUGGGGCUGUAUACCGGCAUUGUGUGGCACUUGGAAGAACUCACUAACAGCAGCCGCCGUAGCAGCAGCAGCAGCGGCGGUGGCAGUGUCCGGCCGCCUGCUCAGCUGGAGCGGGACCCCACAGCAAUGUGGGAGGAUCGCAACGACGAGGCGGAUGUGGUGGAGGCAGCCGCUGCAAGCGACAGCGUGGCUGCGCAACUCAGCCGAGUGAACAUUCAGCACAAGACCAAUGCAGCCAUGUUCAUCCCGGCUGCAGCACUGCUACAGUUCUUGCAGGCCGCGGGCCUGGCAGCGUACGACCCCCUGGACGCCGCCGGCGACAACAUUGCCCGCCCGCGACUGCGGCCACGCCACCGGUAAAGGGUGGCCGCUCCACCGCUGCGGCGCCGUCGCCCCUCGCAGCCGUAAGGAAGCAGUUCUUGGGCAGCAAAAUGGAGGAACACCCAGGAGACAACAGUGCCGCACCGUGCAUGUUUCAUGUGGCCCCAGAAUUCCCCAUGUUGUUCGUGUAAGCACGCCCAACAAACGGAGGUCCCUGAAGUUGUGCGUGCUACUGAGGCCGAUGUGGCAGCCAUCUGAACAUGAUGGGCAGCGUCAGUGCCCUUCAAAACGUGAAAUGUAUAAAAUGUGUAACAUGUAUGGAGCUAUGAUGAGGAGAAAGAUGGGUCGAUUGCGUGUGUGGGCCACGUCGGCUGGUUGCAUGAUUGUAGUUGAUGGCGACCAACCAGGAUAGACCAAUGUGGUGCCAACCUAUCACACCGUGUGAGCUGACAAUGACAAAAGGGUGUUAGUGUUCGUCGUUGAGCGAAUGCCCACGGGCGAGACACCUGAAAGGAUGGGUUACAACAGCCGACAGGGGAAAAAGCAUAGGCACAAGGAUGUGUUGUGGGACCCUUUGACAGAUGCCAUCGUGGAUGAUGGGAGCAUUUGAAUGCACAACAUGUGCGCACGUGAUUGUUUUGUUGUUGGUGCCAUGAGAGCUCGCCGGUGAGGCCUGCGGCAUAGUCAAGUUUUUGAGGCCGUUUCAAUUGUGUAACUGCAAGGAGAUAUUAUAUUUUUGGCGUAGCUAAAAAUCUAGUUUGAGGACCCGUAGGGGCGAGUGCAUGAGUUGUCGUACAUUGAGCCUUGGUGGUCGGAUGGCGUUUUGAGAGUUGCCUUCCUUGUUGUUUUAUCGUUGCGUGGCUUUCUUCCGGGGAACUUCGUUGUUUUUGUGUCCAAUUGCGGCUAGCCUCUUGUAGUCAACGCUAGUCAAUUGGGGAUAGCCCUCGCUAUCUAGAGCUUGGGCUUGCUGCCUUACCGAGGUCUAGUUUCUUUAGUUUCUGGGCCUCCUCCCCUUCCUCCGGCCCAUCUCCCUAUCGUUCGUGCAGUGAACAGCAGCAGGCUGUUGGGACACGUGGUUGAGACGGAUGGCCGGUGGUCAGAGGCGCUGGUAGGGCCCCUGGAGGCUUUGUACGCAGCGGCGCUGGCCCUGAGACAGGGCGCCAUGGUGGCGGAACAUGGCCAGCCGGUGGCGACAUCCCCAGCAGUGGCAGCGCCGCACGGAGGUGCAGUGGCAGGGGCGAGCAGCGGGACGGUAACUACACCACCACCACGCUUGGUGCAGCUAACGCCUGAGGCCAUAGAGGACUUGGAGUUCUGGUGGGGGGGGGGGUCUUCGGUCGGAUUCGCCAGUGUGGGACGGCGUCAAGCAGUGCGCUGUAGCAGACCUCGACUUGGUGAGGGGGGAGUUUGGGGGCCCCAGUGGUGCAGUCAUCUUCACCGACGCCAGCGGCUGCGGCUCUGGCGCGGCCUGGGGCCCCGCAGAGCAGGGGCCGUGGUCAGCGGCAGAGAAGCAGCUACACAUUGCUUGGCUGGAGCUGAAGGCGGUGCUCAGGGCGGUGCAGUCGUGGGCGCCCCGGCUCACCGGGCGGCGUGUGCUGAUCCGCUGCGACAAUACCCAAGCCGUGGCUGCGAUCAGGCACGGCUCCACCCGUGUGCCGGAGGGCCGCAGCAUCAGCAGGCAGAUGGUGAAGCCAGCGAUCCGGCAUGGGUUUGAGCUCCGGGCGGAGCAUAUCGCGGGCGUCGAGAAUGUGCGCGCAGAUCGCCUCAGCCGGCAGCUCAGCACCGCAUGGCGCACCGCCGCUGCUUAGGGCUGGCAGCCGGCGACUACCCGGGUGGGUGGUACCUUUGCGCCGGCUGCGUGUUGGCGGCGGCGGGCAUUGGGGCGGAGGCUGCCGAAGGCUACGUGAGCGGACUCGCCAAACGAUGGGUAGUGCAGGCAGGCAGCGCGGUGGCGGCCCGGUCUGCGGCCACCUAUGAGGCGGGGCGCCAGCGGUUCCUGAGGUUCUGCGUCGUUGUUCUGCGCCUGAGCGAGCAGGAUGCUUUCCCUCGGGCCCGGGGCCAGGACCUCAACCGCUUCCUGGUCUGCCUCUUCAUCACCCACGUGGUAGAGGCCAUUAAGGAGCACGGGCGGUGGAAGUCUCGGGCCGUAGAUGUGUACACUCGCAAGUCAGUGGCGGUCAGGCGGGCGGUGGUAGAGCAGAUGUGAUAAGGGAUAGGGAAAGGGGGGUUGUCUCUGCGUGGGCCUUGGAUAGGAGCAGGCCACGCAGAUUGGGUCCGUUGCCGUGCCAGCAGUAAUGCGUUAGCAGGUUAGCUGAGUACAUAAGAAGGCACGGGUAGCGCGUCAGGGGCCCAGUUGUUUCAUUCCCCCCUUCUUCAGUUGGCUUCUCCCGGCAUGACUGGUUAUUUGGUUGGAGAGAGAGUUUAGGUGUUAUCGUGUUAUGGUAUAGGGUGGCUAUGUCACGAGCCACUACGGCAGGCAUCAAAAUUAUAUUUUUGGCGUAGCUAAAAAUCUAGUUUGAGGACCCGUAGGGGCGAGUGCAUGAGUUGUCGUACAUUGAGCCUUGGUGGUCGGAUGGCGUUUUAAGAGUUGCCUUCCUUGUUGUUUUAUCGUUGCGUGGCUUUCUUCCGGGGAACUUCGUUGUUUUUGUGUCCAAUCGCGGCUAGCCUCUUGUAGUCAACGCUAGUCAAUUGGGGAUAGCCCUCGCUAUCUAGAGCUUGGGCUUGCUGCCUUACCGAGGUCUAGUUUCUUUUCCCACCCACCCGCCCUUCGCAUUGUUUUCCUUGUUGGGUCUAGUGGCCGGGGGUUGUCUCUGCGUGGGCCUUGGAUAGGAGCAGGCCACGCAGAUUGGGUCCGUUGCCGUGCCAGCAGUAAUGCGUUAGCAGGUUAGCUGAGUACGUAAGAGGGCACGGGUAGCGCGUCAGGGGCCCAGUUGUUUCAUUCCCCCUUCUUCAGUUGGCUUCUCCCGGCAUGACUGGUUAUUUGGUUGGAGAGAGAGUUUAGCUGUUAUCAUGUUAUGGUAUAGGGUGGCUAUGUCACGAGCCACUACGGCAGGCAUCAAAGGCUUGAUUUGAGACGAAGUGGACCUGCUGGAACUUGACGACAUGCAUCACAUGCCUGAAGCAACGUGCGAUGCAGUCCAACCGCAGCAAAAUGACUUCAGAGACAUUUUAAGCCAGCCAGUCCGGUGCAAUCAGUACGGUCGGGGCGCAGGACCCGUGUCAAGCAACCAGGAGCUGUCGUGCUUUUGCAGCAGUACAUGUCGCUCAUCAACGAAAUGAAGGAAUAUAGGCACCUGCGCCAUGGACUUGCACUUGUCCGUUCUGCCUGCGCGGGAUUUGUUGGGGAGGGGCUAUGUUGGGAAGGCAGGCAGGGAAACUUGUAAAAACACUGAAUUGUUUUUUGGCCUGCCCUUGAUUUCAGGCGCUCCGAGGGGGAUGUGUGAAGGGAUGAGCCCGCAUGGCCUGGCAAGCCAAGGACAUGACGACGAGAUGUGCAAAGGGAUGAGACUACAUGGGACAUGGCCUGACCAGCCAACAGCGCCCCGAGAGGGACGUGUGAAGGGAUGAUCCCGCAUGGCCUGGCAAGCCAAGGAGAUGACGACGACAUGUGCAAAG